AUGACACGCAGCAAUACUUCACAACCACCACUUGAGCUGCAACAGUCAUAUAGCGAAAAUACUGUAAAGGCGAGUUUCGUCUCAAUAUCCGAACAGAGCAAAACAGCUCAUGAAUGUGAUGUGCAUGCACUAGGCGACGGGGAUUCCUUCGCAGGCGUUAUUGUGGUAACACAGACAUCCCAGAAGGAAAUGCUUCAGAUGAGGCAAUUACCCGGGAAGUUACAUUGGACUUAG